AUGGUCUUCACACCUCCCUCGUAUCUUCCCCAGUUGCCAGAUCCUCCGGAUUCCAUCACGAUCGAAGAGUUCAUCCGAAAUGAGCAGCACGGCCGGUAUCCGCUGGCCAAAGCCAGAAACCCGUACACAUGCGGUAUCACUGGCACGACAUAUGAUGCUGCGCAGGUAGCCGAGCGGACAGACUUCAUGGCUCGUGCAAUAGGCAAGCGAUUGGGGUUCAACCCUCACGAGGAGACAGAGUGGGAAAGGGUUGUCGCAUUGUACUCGGUCAACACGAUCGACUAUGUCCCAUUCACCCAUGCCGUCCACCGCCUCUCCGGCAUUGUCACGCCAGCAAGCGCCGCAUACUCGAUACAAGAGCUCGAGCACCAGCUCCGCACGUCAGGAGCCAAGGCCGUCUUUACAUGCCCUCCUCUCCUCGACAAUGCUCUAAAGGCAGCUACUGCCGUGGGAAUUCCCAAGGAUCGCAUCUACAUACUGCGCACUGCAGGAUUCGACAAUCCCCCUUCGUAUGUGACCAUUGACGACUUGGUGGCCGAGGGCAAGAGUCUGCCACCACUGAAGCCUUUGAACUGGGUCAAGGGACAGGGAGCCAGGCAGACGGCUUAUCUGUGUUACUCUAGCGGUACUUCUGGCCUGCCGAAAGCCGUCAUGGUCUCCCACCGCAACGUCAUCGCCAACGUCCUCCAGGUCUAUGCCAUGGACAGCGUCCCCCGCAAAGAGCUCGGCAUUGAAUCGCAAGUUUUGCUCGGCGUCCUUCCCUUCUCGCACAUCUAUGCUCUCGUUCUCGUUUCCACUCUCAGCCAGUACCGCGGCGACGAAAACAUCGUGCUGCCAAGAUACAACUUCCACGAGCUUCUCGAUGCUGUCCAGCGCUUCAAGAUUGAACAGCUGUUCGUUGUCCCGCCCAUGCUCAUCCAGAUCAUCGGCAAUCCCGACAAAGCUGCCAAAUACAACCUCGACAGCGUACGCUACGUCUACUGCGGCGCAGCUCCGCUAGGCCCAGAAGUCGUCGAGGCGCUGACCAAGAUGUUUCCCAAGUGGCGCAUCGGGCAAGGCUACGGCAUGACGGAAUGCUCGCCCACCGUCACUUCAACGAACGAGCUGGACGUACUCUUUGGCUCUUCUGGCUCUCUUUUGCCGGGAAAGAAGGCAAAGAUUAUCAAUCUCGAAGGCAAGGAAGUGACGGAAUACGACACUCCGGGCGAGCUGUUGGUUCAAUCUCCCGCCGUUGUGCUGGGGUACCUGAACAACGAAAAGGCCAAUGCCGAGACAUUUGUCCACCACCACGACGGCCGAUGGCUACGAACUGGUGACGAAGUUAUUGUCCGGAAGUCGGCCCAAGGCCAUGAGCACAUAAUUGUCGUAGACCGCAUCAAGGAGCUAAUCAAGACCAAGGGCCACCAAGUCGCACCCGCUGAACUCGAAGCCCAUCUCCUCAGCCAUCCAUACGUUUCCGACUGCGCCGUCAUCCCCAUUCCCGACUCCUACGCUGGCGAGGUGCCUAAAGCCUAUGUCACCAAAUCCGCCUCCGACUGCGCCGACAAGUCUGACAAGGACAUUGAGGCCGCCAUCCACAAGCACGUCAAGGACCACAAGGCCAAGCACAAGUGGCUCGCCGGCGGAAUCGAGUUCAUCGAUGCCAUUCCCAAGAGCCCGAGCGGUAAGAUCCUGAGGCGCUUGCUAAGAGAUAAGGAAAAGAAGGCCAGACAGGCCAAUGGCGCAAAGCUAUAA